GUUUACAUGCCAUAUUGAUUUACCCUCUUGGAAAAUGACCAUUAAGAGUUUCUCGAUUGAAUAUGAUUCAAUCAAUAGCAGGAACAUCUUUACAAAUGGAGAUACCAUUAAUGGACGAAUCAUUGUAGAGGUUUCAAAGGAAACUAAAAUCCAGGCGCUCAUUUUCAUAGCAAAAGGAAAAGCUUCGGUGCGCUGGAGUGAACAUUAUGGGCAGUAUGACCAUCGUGUGUACUGGGCAGAUGAGAAAUACUAUGAUGUCACACAACAUAUCUUGAGGGAGUCGAGACAAGAUGGCAGUGAGAUCAUUGGAAAAGGACGACAUGUGUUUCCAUUUGCCUUCACCAUUCCUGAUAGAAAAAUCCCAUCGACUUUCAAAGGAUACGAAGGAAAAAUUGUGCAUAAGUUAAAGGCUGAGCUGAAACAGUCCAUGAAGCUGACAAAAAAGGCCAAAGCACACUUCACAUUUGUGUCCAAAGCAGACAUGGACACCCCUGGACUUAUGGAACCGCAGUAUGGUUGCAAGGAUAAAUCUGUGAGGACGUUUGGCUCUGGAAAAGUCUCAUUGGAUGUCAACACAAAGCAGAUGGGAUACAUGCAAGGGGAGGGCAUCAAGGUUCAUCUUGAAAUCAACAACCGCUCAUCUCGCUCAGUGAAGCCCAAGUUCAUUUUGUAUGAGAAGAAGAGUUUCUUUGCACAGGGUCACAGGAGAGUUCACACACAUGAGAUCCUCAAGGACAAGGUGGAAGCUAUUGACCCCUCUGGCAAAAAGACUGUGACCAAGGUGAUCCCAAUCCCCAGGGAACUCCCCCCCUCCAUCAUGAACUGCUCCAUCAUCAAGCUGGAGUACAGGCUGAAGGUGUUUCUGGAUAUCAAAUGUGCUACAGACCCAGAGAUCAAACUCCCCAUAGUUGUUCUCCCUGUGUUUGAGCAUCGCACUGCCAAACAACCACCUCCCGCUGCCGGCUUUGGAUUUGAGGGCUUUGGGAACCCAAACCCAGCACCCUGGGGGAUGAUGCCACUGCCACAAGCAGCACCAAGAGCUGUGGACCCUCCUCCUCCAUAUGGAGAAGCAGCAGUGUACCCCCCUCUUAAUGAUUAUGGAAAAUAUGGGAAUGCUUUCUAAGCACAACUCUGAUCUGUUAUUUAAAGUGUUAUUCCUCAAAAGCUGAUUACAAUUUUUGAUAUCUAAGAUCAG